AUGCGGUCAAUAGCGUCUCUCCUUUCUGUGCUGGUCCUCAGCCUGCUCCUAGUCAUCGGGUCAAAUGCAGCACUCUCUGAACCCAAGUUGAGCUACGUCCUCAAGUCGGCCAAGCUUGCACUCUCCACGGUCGACGGCUCUUCUCGACUCUCCAAGGACUUCUCGACACAGUCGGACUACUCUAAAAACACAGCGCCAUUCGAUCUUUCCGGCCCGACUCAGCUCGAAAACGAUGAUGUGAUCCGACUCACCUUCAGCCUUGGUGUUGAGGACGCAUCCAGCAAGAAGGCGGCCAACAAGGACGGUCCUGCACUCGGCAAGGAGCAUGUACCUCAUCAGGCCUUCGUCGUGCUUGCAGCCGAUGGCAAGGAAUCUGAUCCUCCUUCGCAUGCUUGGCCCGUCACUGUCAAGCCUAGCAAUGGAAAGGUCUCGUGGAACUUGAGAACGGAUAGGAUUCCAGCACCCCUCCUCCGCGCCUCGCCGCCACUGACACUCUCGCUUCUCAUCGCCAACUUCCCCGCAAACUCGGCUUCAGAAGGCGCCUACUCACCGCUCUCUUUGCCGCUUGUCUCGCUCACCCCACCUACCAGCCUCGUAGAUGCAGCACUCGAGUCAGCUUCCUCCUCUCUCUCCGCCCGCGAGAAGGCUGAACGAGAACAAGGCUUCCACGGCCUUCCCGAGCACAAGCACACCUUCGGCAUUCCACCGACCGAGACGAUGCCCAGCACCAAAGUCAGCGGUCUUGCCUCGAUCGUCACUGCUGCUGUGCCUUGGGUCUUCCUGCUCGGUGCUCUUGGCAUUAUCGAGCCGGAGAUUCAGACACCGUCAUCCAAAGCAUUGGUGCUGUUUGCGGCCUUGGCAGCGUUGGAGGGUCUGGCGGUGAGGUACUGGAUCGGAUUGACAUUGUUCCAGAUGCUACCCCUGCUGUUGGGCGCAGUAUUGGUGACGAUUGUUGUGGGCAGGAGUGCAUUGGUGGAGCUGCGAAGGAAGAGGCUUGCGAUUUCGUCGUCGUAG